AUGCCUCUGCUCCAGCUGGUCCGGCACGCCGAGUCGGCCAACAACGCGCUCUACAACGAGAUCAUCUCCGAGUGUGGUGGAGCCGCGGCGGUGGCCUCCGACCCGAGCCUGCAGCGGCGCGUCGACGAGGAGGAGGCAAGGCGGCGGUCGAGCGACCCGCCACUCUCCGCGCGUGGCCUCGAGCAGGCUGCGCGGGUCGGUGAGCACCUCGCGGGAGAGAAUCUCGACUGCGCAUCGACGCUGCUGGUCUGCUCGCCGAUGCGUCGGGCCCUGCUCACCGCCGCGCCGAUUGCCCGCGGGCUCAAGGGUGCUGGUGUCGCCAACCUGCGCGUGGAGUGUCAUGCGCAGUACUUUGAGGCUGGCGGCUGCCACGAAGGCGGCCGAGCGUUGCCCGGCCGCACGUUCCAACAGAUCUGCGGCGAUCACCCGCUGGAUUUCGACGCGGCCGAGUGCUUUCCAUCGCCAGACCGUGGCUGGUACUCGGCUGCCGGCGCGCCAGAAUCCGACGCGCAACCGCGAGCGGAGCGCAUGUGCCUGUGGAUCACCGAGCGGCUCGCGGCGCUGCCCGACACAGGACGCGUCAUCAUGGUUGGCCACGGCGCCUUCAUGGCGCGGUUGCUCGCCCGCCUCGUGGGCUUGCCGUGCGCGGGCGCCGCGGCCCUCUUUGUCCAUGCAAACACGGGCGUGAGCACGCUGCGGCUCGUGCGCCGCAAGGGCAGCUUCCUGGUGCUCGGCCUCAACCAGACGCCACACCUCACGCCGCAGCUGCUGACGGGCGCACACCCGGCGGAGGACGGCUGGGCGGCUGCGCUGCGGGCGCCAGCGUGGGUCGUCCGACGGUACGGCCCCGAGGCAGUGGGAUGCUACCCGAUGCCGACGGGCCUGCGCCGGCAGCUGUUGGAGGCGCGCCGCCGUCUGCUCUGGGCGCACGAGAGCGGCGUGGGGGCGAGCGCGUACGAGGAGAGCGACGCGCGAUCCGUCACGUUUGUGUGCGUGCUCGAGGGGAGUGAGACGCCGGCGGGGCAGGUGCAAUACGACCCCUCGACGCGGCGGCUGCGGCAGAUGGUCGUGCUGCCGCAGUUUCGCAAGCUAGGCAUCGGCUGCGCGCUUGUGCGGGCGGUGGCGAGCAUUCAUGCGGAGAAGGUGGCGGGCGGGUCCGUCAACGGGCCCGGCGCCGAGGGCGACGCCUCGCCGCCGCUGCGCGUGCACGCGUGGCAGCGCAGCGAGGCGUUCUACACGCGGUGCGGCUUUGCGCGCGAGGGCGACCCGUACGAGAGCAACGGCGUGAGGUGCGUCCGGAUGGCGUACGCAACGCUCGAGUGA